AUGCAACAAGCGUCUAGUGGAAAUGCAAGGACAACGACUUCAUCGGAAUCGGAGAGUGCUGCGCAGUCUGAGGACAGCUAUACUGAGGUAAACGAUGAGAUUGUACGUAAGGCGCUGGAAUCGGGAAUGGAUCUGCGAGAAUAUUCGGCAAAAUUGGAGGAACAAUUGAAAAAUGCACAGAAAUCCGCAGUUGGCGAUUGUAUUGAACAGGCAGAUAAACUGGCCGAACUUCAUAUUGAGUUGACAGCGUGCGAUGAUGCUUUUGCGCGAUUAGAAGAUAUGUUAAUGGGUUUUCAAUCGGAACUGGGGACGAUCAGUUCUGAUAUGAAACGCCUGCAACAGCAAUCUAAGUAUUUGGAUGCGAUGUUAUCAUACGAUUCNGUAGAACGUGACGUUGGUGAACGUGAAUUUUUAGAGCAGCUACACGAAUUACAGCAUAAGCUGCAGUUCAUCAAAGCACAAGAAUUCAAAGAAGCCAAAGCGGUGGCUGACGUACAGGACGUUAUUGAAAAUCUGAAAUAUAAAGCUAUGGCCAAAGUUCGUAAUUGGUUACUGAUGAAGAUAUCGUCGUUUAAGAAGCCGUUAACAAAUUAUCAAAUUCCACAAGGAGCACUUCUGAAGAAUAGGUUCUUUUACGAAUUCCUUCUGGCGAACGAUCGACAAGUGGCUCGUGAAGUUGGUUGUUGUGCGAUUUUUGUUGUUUCUCUUUUCUCUUAG